AUGGAAUGGAGAGGAAUCGCAUACAUAACSUUAUGGUUUCUAAGUAUUACAAGUGGAUUUCUUGCUCUAUGUUGUCCAACAGUACCCUUGAUGUUUAUUUAUCCCCAGGCUUUCCGUUAUAUCAUAGGCAUCAUAUUCUCUGURUGGGAAAUGUAUCCUACYAUAUUGAUGCGUCUGUUGUUCAACACUCGUUUUAUAAUAACUGGAGAUCACAUCAAUCCAUUUGACGGUGCAUUGUUAAUAAUGAAUCACCGUAAUCGAUUGGAUUGGAAUUUUUUGUGGGGUGGUAUGUAUUACAGUUCCAAGCCACCUGCACAUAAGCUGAAAAUGGUACUUAAAUCAGCUAUUCGACAUGUACCUUUUGCUGGUUGGGUGAUGCAAUUGUCAGGAUUCUUGUAUAUACAUCGACGAUGGGAUCAUGACCAGUCUUCAAUGGAAAAACAGUUGAAAUACUUCCGUGACGUUAAUGAUACUCAUCAGAUUACUCCUUACAAUACGUCCGACUGUAAUUUAUACUAUUUUCAUUUAUUAAAUUUAAAAGGCAGUUCGAUCGGCGUGGCUCUUACAUUCCCGUUUUGCGGAUUUAUACUCGAGAGAUGGGGCUGGCCGUACGUGUUCUAUAUCACGGGAAUGAUAGGAAUGGUGUGGUUUUUGGCAUGGUGGUUGUUCGUAUACGAUACGCCCGCGGAACACCCUUACAUAUCCGAAGUUGAGCUUGUGCACAUCACAAGCAGUCUCACCGACGUGGUGUCCACUAAAAAGUUACCAAUACCGUGGAAAUCCGUGUUGACGUGCGUACCGUUUUGGAUAGCACUGUCCAUCCAAUGGAGUACCGGGUGGGCUCUGCACACGCUCAUGACGCAGACUCCUACCUAUUUGGUUCUAAUGUUCGGGUGGAAUCCAGAAAAGAUCGGAUUGUGGUCCGGAAUACCGCAUUUCACUCGUUUCUUGUUCUCGCUGGCCCUGUCGUUCGUCAUCGACUCGCUCAUGGCCACCGGCCGGUACAGCCGCACUUGUGUGCGUAAGAUAUCAACCACCAUUUGUACGGUGGUGCAAGCCCUUCUCAUCGUGGCUCUAGUGUAUUCGGGUUGCGACCAGUUUUUGGUCAAUGGAUUCCUACUGUUGGCCAUGACGGCCAGUGGUGCUUCCACUUCCGGACCGCUGUCCAUAAUGGUCGACUUGUCACCGAAUUUCGCCAGCGUGCUCCAAGGUUUUAGCGGCAUUAUCGGAGUCAUCCCGGGAAUGAUUUCGCCGUUUGUGCUGUCUUAUUUCACGAACGACAACAACACWCUCGAAGCGUGGCAACACUUUUUCGCUUUGAGCGGAGUACUAAUAGCCAUUCCGGGACUGYUAUACAAUUUCAUCGGCUCCAGCGAACUCCAAUCAUGGAAUAGCCCUAUUCCAACAGCCGACCCAGAAAUAGCUGACACCAACGGUAGCUCAACUACUGCCAAAAAAUGAUAUUUUUUUUUAACGCAUAACUUUAUUGUAAUAUGUGAUGAAAACAACCGUAUACCAAUUUUGUAUUUUUAAUUUACAAUAUUAUUAUAUUUUUUAAGACGUAAGAUCAAAACAAACCAGCAUUCGUAUAGAGUGCUAAAUAUUGUUAUAAAUUUGAGAACGGGGUGAAUUUACAUAUUACUAUACAGAGUAUAAUUUAUAGACCUAUAGUACAAAACAAUAUUACAGGUUUUUAUGCAUAUUAGUAAGUAUCUUUAUGUUUAGCAUGACUGUAGAAACCUAUUAAAUAGGUAAUAAUAUCUACAGUAUGUUAAUAAUAUAUUAUAUUAUUAUACAUUUAUAUUGUUAUUAUCUAUGACCCGAUGACCGUGGUAUUUAGUUAUCACAGUUGCAUUUGCGUAUGUUAUUGAUGAUUAUAAUGAUUCGAACAUAAGUAGGUACAUAUCUUCUCAGAUAUUAUUGUGUUUAAGCCGUUUAAAGACAUUAUCAGGGACACAAUAUAUGGGUAUUUAUUUUUUUUAUAUAUAAUUUCAUUAUAGUAUAUUAGUCAUUAGUGCGCUUGGCUUUAUUUAAAUUUAAA